UGAAAACAAAACAAAAUGGCGACAAUAUUACUUCGAAGUGUAUUAUUCGUGAUAUUAUCAAUUUAUGUGUUCGGAGAUGAAAUUGAGAUGGAGGUGCAGAGCGGAGCGAUUAUGAAGAUGCUGAGGGAAAUGGUCAACCAGUCGAGUUCAGAUUCAUUGAAUUUACCGGCAAAUUCUACAUCUAUCAGAGAAAACAUAACUGAUACCUUCAGUUGCGAGAAUCGAACUUACGGCUACUACGCUGAUGUGGACAAUGACUGUCAGAUCUUCCACGUGUGUCUUCCAUCGCAGACUCCCUCAGGGCGCAACGUCACCUUUAAAUGGAGUUUUAUAUGUCCUAAAGAAACUGUUUUUAAUCAGGAAGUCUUAGUCUGCACACGACAAAUUGAUUCGAUCCCAUGCGAAGAGUCACCUGAUUUCUACGAUCUGAACAUGGAAAUAGGUAAAAUGGUUAAUCCAGAAACGAUAAAAGAAGACGAAGAACCGAAAAAAGAAGCUGAAAUAAUACCCACAAAGAAAGAAAACCGACAACCAAGUCGUAAGAAGCAGAACAUAAUCAUGCAAGCAUUAUUACAAGAAGCUGAACCGAUAGAACAGCUCAUUGAUGAAGUACUAACCGAUGAAACAACUGUUAAGUCGUAUACAGAAUUGGAGACAAGCGAAAUUGAACCUCAACUCGAAGAAGUUAAUGUUGAAAUUGACAAAAGGUUCGGUGCUGAGAGAAGUCUAAAGAGAACGGGAAGGAAAAUUUCGAGGGGAUCAAUGAAGUUCAGAUCUGAUGUCUGA